UCCAUUGCAGCAUUCCAUGAUCCCUCCUUCAACUAGCAUGGCAACCCUUUCUUCUGCAUAAAAUACAUUACAACGUCGUCACAACAGAACCAACCAUACAAUCACAUACCUUUAACCUAAUCUUACGCUUUCUCUCUCUUCAAUCUCUCUCUCUCUAACACUUUCCACAGCCUCGGAAACUAAAUUCCGGUGGGCUAGCUAGCUUCUCUUCUCUUUAAGCUUAUAUAAGUUCAACUAACUCACGUCGUGAGGGCUCAAUCAUUCGUCAUCGAGUUUGGACGCACGUGCCAGAUUUGAACGCAACUCUCGGUAGUACUACAGUAGUAGAGUGCAAUAUAGAAGAAGAAACGAAACGAAAAGAAACUCUAUGGCGGUUAAUAGUAUUAUUUGAGUUUUAGGUUGAGGAAGAAGAAAGACACGGCACGGCACGGCGACGGAGUCGGAGAAUAGUGGUGGUUCUUCUUCGCACGUGCGAGCGUGCAUCACCAUCGUCUGUGGCUGCUGCAGGUGUAGAUUCGUGUGAGUUGGUGGUUAAAAAAAAAAAGUAAGUGGUUGAUAUCACGGUUUUUGAGUGAGGAACAGUGAGAUUUUUUUUUGAAAAAUGCCUCACAGAGCGACUUACUUUUUCCCGAGGCAGUUUCCGGAAAGAGGCUUGGAUGAAUCUUCGAAGCAGAGAUUAGAUCAGGAAAAGAGAAAAAUAGUCAACUCCAUCAAAUCACCGGAUACGAAUUUUGCAGCCUUCGAAAGCGAUGCGCCGAAAAAGCAAACAACAACGCCACAGAGUCCCACACCUGAUGUGAAAAACGACGUCGUUUUCUCGUCCACUAAGCAGAAUGCGGUCUCCGAUAUAUUCACCGGCGGCGACAAGUUCCGAACCAAGCAGAAGCAAAUCGCCGCCUUCUGCGACUGGUUGAUCGAUAAAAAGAAGGAUCGCAACCGACCUAGUCACCAUUUCAAACCUUAUCCUAACGAGGAGGAGGAAGAAGAGGAGGAUGAACGUGAGCUUCUGCUUCGGCCGCCGCCACCGGAUGCGGCGGCGCAGGUUGUGAAGGAUGCCGUCGACCGGAGCUUCGACCGGCAGGUUUCGCUGCCGCGGCUGUCCAGCGGGAGCAGCUACGCCGGAAGCUUGUUCACGCUGGACGGCACCGCCACAUUCUCCAGCGACGUCACCAAAGACGAAACGUCGUCGUUUCGUCAAGUCUUCACCGAAGAAGACGCAACACAAAAACAGCAAGAAGAGGAAGAGAAAGAGAAGCGCAACACAGCGCAGAAGUACAGAGAAAGCUACUACCUGCAACUCGCGUUUACGAAGAGGCUAUCUUGCUUGGCAAGCCUCGGCUCCGAACCGGUUCUCACUCUUGACGCUGGCACUGAAACCUGGGAUGCUGAAUCCGUUUCGUAUCGUCUAUGGGUGAGUGGGUGUUUGUCAUACACGGAUAAGAUAUCGGACGGUUUUUACAACAUAUUGGGGAUGAAUCCUUACCUGUGGGUGAUGUGCAACGAUGUGGAGGAAGAAGGGAAGCGUUUACCGACUCUGAUGGCGCUUAAGGCGGCUGAACCUAGCGACACUUCCAUAGAGGUGGUUCUUUUCGAUCGGCACGAGGAUUCUCGGCUUAAGGAGCUUCAGGAUAAAGCUCAAGAGUUGUAUUCUGCUUCGGAGAACGCGUUGGUGCUGGUGGAGAAGCUCGGGAAACUCGUUGCCAUAUGCAUGGGGGGAUCAUUCCCGGUGGAGCAAGGAGAUCUACACAAGAGGUGGAAGUUGGUGAGUAAGAGGUUGAGAAACUUUCACCAAUGUGUUGUGCUUCCUGUAGGUAGCUUAUCUAGUGGACUCUGUAGGCAUCGCGCAAUUCUCUUCAAGAGAUUGGCGGAUUACAUAGGUUUGCCAUGUCGAAUUGCUCGAGGUUGUAGGUACUGUGUUUCAGAUCAUAGAUCGUCUUGCCUUGUCAAGAUUAAAGAUGAUAGACAGCUCUCAAGGGAAUAUGUAGUUGAUCUGGUUGGGGAACCAGGAAAUAUCCAUGGGCCGGAUUCCUCUAUUAAUGGAGCAUAUGUGUCUUCAAUACCUUCCCCAUUUCAAAUUUCUCAUUUGAAAGAAUCCCAAUCACCAUAUGUGGAUGUUGCAGCAUGUUCUCAAUCUCUUGGUAACACUUCUUUAGGCUGUGUACAGGAAGAUCAACAAGCUGAAGAAACUGAUCUGCAGAAAAAUAAUAAUGGCUCUAUUUAUCCUGCAAUAGAUCAAACUCGUGGAGGUGCAGAACCACCUCUAAUUCCUUUUGGCUUGAAAGGGAAUCACAAGGAAUGUGCAAUCCUUGGUUUAUUAAAUUUUCCUCCAGUAUAUGAAGGUGUUUCUGAGGAUCUUCACCCAGCCACUGAACCAUCGUUACAUGAAUACCCCAGGCUCAGUAAAGAUUCAGUUGUAGUACUAGAAGCUUCCAACAAAGAGAUAGAGAUCAUUGUAAAAGGAAGUUCUGGGGUAAAAAGUAACUAUAAGCAAUCUACAGUGAGCUUAUCCAGCGAAUCAAAACAGGAACAAGAACAUGUAAAAAAUAAAGUUGAAAAUCAGGGUGCUGGUAAUAUUCCAAGAUACUUGAAUCUUGAACCAUCACUUGCAAUGGAUUGGCUUGAGAUACCAUGGGAUGAUUUGCGAAUCAAAGAGCGUGUUGGUGCCGGAUCAUUUGGGACUGUGUAUCGUGCUGAAUGGCAUGGAUCAGAUGUUGCUGUCAAAGUUUUAACAGUUCAGGAUUUCCAAGAUGAUCAAUUGAAAGAGUUUCUAAGAGAGGUUGCAAUAAUGAAACGAGUACGUCAUCCAAAUGUGGUGUUGUUCAUGGGUGCAGUUACUAAACGUCCCCAUCUAUCUAUAGUAACAGAAUAUUUGCCUAGGGGCAGUUUAUUUCGCCUAAUACAUAAGCCAGCAUCUGGUGAGAUUCUAGAUCCAAGGAGAAGAUUACGGAUGGCUUUAGAUGUGGCUAAAGGGAUCAAUUAUCUCCACUGUCUAAAGCCUCCAAUUGUGCACUGGGAUCUCAAAACCCCAAAUCUGUUAGUGGACAGAAAUUGGACCGUGAAGGUCUGUGAUUUUGGAUUGUCCAGAUUUAAGGCAAAUACUUUCUUAUCAUCAAAAUCCGUUGCUGGAACACCUGAGUGGAUGGCUCCAGAAUUUCUUCGAGGAGAACCUUCAAAUGAGAAGUCUGAUGUUUACAGUUUUGGGGUUAUCCUGUGGGAACUUGUGACUCUGCAACAACCAUGGAAUGGACUUAGUCAUGCCCAGGUGGUUGGAGCUGUCGCUUUCCAGAAUAGGAGACUAGCUAUCCCUCCAAACAUCUCCCCAGCAUUGGCCUCCCUCAUGGAAUCUUGUUGGGCCGAUAACCCUGCUGAUCGUCCAUCUUUUGGUAGCAUAGUUGAGUCGCUAAAGAAGCUACUGAAGUCACCAGCGGAUGCAAUAAAAAUGGGUGGGGCAAUAACAUAAGGAGUACUCUGCCCAUGACUGGGGUUUUUGGUUGCUGAAAUUUAUUAAUUAACCUAAUUGAUGGCAUGAAGCCCUUUGGUUGUUGCAAUUUGUAUAUCGAUCGGUUGAUUCAUGCAAACCCAUUUCGUAAGGGCACUUAAAGCAAUCUUUGGAUUCUUCUGCUAAAAUGAUGACCUCAAGCUCUUUUAUCUAUAGCUUUGAGAUCAAUAAAAAUAGUGACUUGCUCCCUCCAAGCUAUAAUUAUUUGGAGCUUGCUAUUGUUUUUCAGAUUGUAUAUAUGUAAUAAAUUAUUUGACAAUAUAUAUCUGAUAUCUCGUCUAUAACCGUGUUCUUACGUC